UUCGUAUUAGAUAUAGCACCUGUUCAUCUUGGACACGCCCCUUUACCGAGUUAAGGGGCGUGUCUAGGUGCAGCGUAAAGACACGCGGGCAGUUCUUGCUCUGGAGGAAUAUUGUACAUGUACUCGACCACAAUUUUCCCACAAAGUAUGCUGUAAUGCAGGACAGCAGAGAGGAAUGUGACGAUUCACCUCAAUGCGCCACAGAAGAUGACAUGACAGAGGGGGACCUGGGGGAUGGCAUGGGGGCCAGAUCCAUAGGACAUGACACAAGCCGUGUCCCACUGAUGAAGGGGAAAUUUUGGGACUUACUGUCCCAGUCCCGUCAAUUCAAAAGAGGCAGCGAGGGAAACAAUGAACCCUUUUCUUGGAUAUCAUGCAGAGCCAUGUAUGCAGUCUUUAGGGAAGAACUGGAAGCUGAACGAGUUGUGAGGUGUCAAAAAAGACAGUCUGAAAGUUCUUCUGAGGACACAAGUGAAGAACUGCAAAGAAGACUACAGGAGGUCACAGAGGAAGUGGAGCUUUUACGCACCGAAUUAGAAGUCACCCAUCGCCACCUGGAGGGGAAACAUGAGGCUCUAAGGAUCUUGCAAGGACAGGCAAUCUUGGACAAAGCAACUUGUCAUACUAAAACCUUGCUUCAGAAGAGUGAGCAGAGGACCAAAGCCCUAGAAAAGGAAGUUAAUGCUUUACAGUGGGAAAUAACCUUUAACCAGGUGCAGUUCAAAAAUGUGGAAAACGCGUGGAGUUUAAAGUAUGAAAGGGUGUUAACAGACAAUGAAGCACUGAAGAAAGAACUAAAUGAAAGGAUGACAGCGAAUCGGGAAUUGACAUUAGAAAACGCAUCUCUAAACCAAAAAUGCAUUGAGCUCCUCUCAAUGCUUAGCGCUAAGGAAAGAGAAGACUUCCAGAGUUCCCAGCCAUCAUGCAGCUUAGGAACAGACAGUUCAUUGGAGUUGGCAGUGUAUGGGGCGUGCCAGUGUUCCUUUAAUGGGUGUGAACCGUGCUCUUGUGCAAGAAGAGCUGCUGCCAGUCGCAAACAAGUGCUGCACCUCAAGCAAGAGGUACUCCUGUAUUCGUCAGAGCUUCUGUUUUAUUACAUUGUGGAGCAGCAGCAGAAGAGAAAGGAAGAGGCUUAUGCAAUGAUGGAUGCUUUCCGAAUCGCCUUUGAGCAGCAGCUAAGGAGAGUCGGGGAGAACAUGCUUUGUCAGGCUGAGACCAGCAAAAAGCAGACGCAUAUCCAAAGACACGAGCGAGGGAGGAAAGGGUCACUCACUGUGGCAGAAAGGCUGAAAAGGUUUUUGCCUGCUGUUAUGGAAGGCAAGAUGCCAACUGACUCCAAUGAAACACUACAUGUGCUGCUUGAUCUGUUAAGUGACAAAGAGGAGGCGUUGGCACAUCAGAGGAAGGUAAGCUACAUGCUGGCACGAAACACUGAAGUCUUGGAAAAACGUCUAAGGAUGCAGCUAGAAGAGCUGGAGAUAUCACACAGAGGCACCUGCACAAAAACAGAGGCAUUGGAAGAGAACGAAUGGAGCAGAAAUAAAGACUCUCCGGACAGCCGCGGAUCACAAGAUUUGUCUAUCCCUGACGACCUUGCAGCUGAUGAUGGUUUAAGCUUAAAACCGAACCAGCCGUCUGCCGAAAUGAGAGAUGCUAAGGUUGACAAUAAAGAUUUUUCAAAACACGACACCACUGUUCAGGCAUUUUGCCAGGAUUAUCUUUGAAUGAAGUGCCAUAGUAUGGUAUAACCUGGAAUAUCAUAGGUGUGAGUGAAGUUUUAUAAUGUUUCAUAACUGUUCUGCAACAAUGCAAAUAAUUAAUUAUUUUGUAGAUAUAAAGAAAUUAUAAUAAAUACUAAAAUAAAAUGAAAGCAAUUGCUUAUGUAAUUAGGUAUUCGUUUUUAAUUACUACCAGCAAGCACAAAAUGAUUUUGUGUUGCUCUAAUAUUACAAUUUGGUUAUUUUUGGGAACCAUGACUAACCAUGACUAACCUUUCCAGACUCCCUUACGAAAGUGAACCAUGGUUUUACUAGUAAAAAUAAAAACAUGUUUACUGUAGUAAAACCAAGGUAACCACAAAAUAACCAUGGUUUUGACAAACAAUAUACAUUUGUAUACAUUUACAACAAUAAAACCACUGUUAAUUUUCGUAAGGGAUGUUCUGGGAAUUAAAAUUUUUUUGCAGGGUGAUACCUUUAUUUUUGUAUUUUAUUGUUUUAUUUACUAUUUACUUUAUUAUUUAAAAAUGUCAAAACAAUAUUGCUAAUAAAGAAUGAUCCGGUUUGUACAAAGGUCUUUGCACUGUAGAUGUUCGCAGGGAUGGGUAGUAUUUUUGAUACAUGUAUUUCAAAUGCGUAUUUCAAAUACAAAAUGGUAUGUAAAUAAAUAGUAAUGACUGCCUGACACACAAUAUAUUAUUUUUUAUAUUUUUAUAUUUACAAUAACAAUCAAAAUAUUAAUUAGUUAGAAAAUACACUGUAAAGAUUUGCAGCAUUUGUGUCAAAUCAACCCAUAUGUUACUUUAAAGGUGCAGUGUGUAAUUUUUAGAAGGAUCUUUUGACAGAAAUGCAAUAUACAAAACUAUAUUAUCAGCGGUGCAUAAAGACCUUUCAUAAUGAACCGUUAUGUGUUUAUUACCUUAGAAUGGAACCUUUUUAUCUACAUACACCGAGGGUCCCCUUACAUGGAAGUCGCCAUUUUGUGCUGCCAUUUUUUUACAGAAGCCCUUAAAGGACAUUUUUUUUACUAAGUUGUCACUGACGAUGACAUGUUUGUCCAGUGGCGGCUACCGUAGCUUCUCUAUGUGCUUCAAAAGCGAGGGGUGAGCUGUGGAUUCGCAACCUCACCACUAGAUGCCGCUAAGAUUUACACACUGCACCUUUAAAGGAACAUUGGCCACCAGUUGUGUGAUUGCAGUACCAGUUUUAGCCACAAGUUUUGUGAUUGCAAUACCAGUUUUGGCCACAAUCCUACAUACUGUUCCUUUAACUUAAACUUGAAGUUAUAAGUUAUGUAAACUUUUUAAGACAAAACUUAAAAUACUAGGUUGAAUUGACUUGCAAAACCAAGUUGUUUUAACUUCACAUGCAGGUGCCAUCAGUGGAUGUGGAUCAGUGAUGGAAUGUUUGCGAAGAAAUUUCAUGCACCCUUGUAAAAGUAUUUUUUUAGUAUUUUCAAAAUACAAAAAAUACAGUAGUUUAUUUUGAUACAUUUAAAGGGUAUUU